UUCUAUUUGUGAAUGUUUUUAACGUUUGUUAUUUGUAUUUGUACGAUUUCCAUUUUCCAAUCUAAAAUAACUAAAAUCAACUAAAAAUAUUACUUCUAAAAAGUUGUUUUAUAAGUAUAAAUACGUAUACAAACUAUAAAAUUUCGUUAGGCUAAUGCAUCUGUGGCUAAUACAAUGAAGCGCUAAGUACACCAAUUAUUUAUGUUUAUGUUUCAUGAAAUAUUUAUGCAACAAUCGUUACAUUAUUUGUUUUAAAUAAUGGCAUCAUCAGACUCGGAAGACGGUUACUACAGCAAUGCUGCGAAGAAAAUGAGACUGGCACGCGAGCAGCUGAAGAAAUUGCAAAGCACUGAUGUAGAAGAGAUAAAAUGUGGCGCCAAAACCAAAGAAGAAAAUAGUAAGGUAAACGUUGUAAAUAACUCAAUAGCAACUCAAUCUGUGAUCGAUCCAAUUGAUGACGAUUUAAUUAUAGACGAAAUAAUUGCCAAGAACUCGAAACCCACUCCGAAACUUAGAAGAGGUAGAAAAACAAAAGAAAUUUCACCAGAGACUGUAGAACCUGUCACUAAAAUACGGGGGAGGGGUCGAGGCAGGGGCAGUAAAAGAGCUAGAGGAUCGAAAAACAAUGUAACAAAUUCGAAUCAAAAUAGUACAUUGUCCGAGUUGUUAAAUACAGGACAAAUCAAUACUUUAAAUACAAUUCAAACAUUAGCAAGCAGAAGAGGUAGGGGUAGGCGUGGAAGAAGGGGUAGGGGUAGAUCAAGCUUCUCCCCCGACAGUUCUAUUGAAGAGAUUAUGCAAGAACUGUUGCCUCAUUUCAUGGGAGGAGGUAGGGGCUGCCAAAUACAUAAUGGAACACGCUCACAUACUAUUAACAAUACACCGAGCCAUGUUGUGUCCCAAAUUAGUCAAAUGUACCCUACAUACAGCGUUGGUAACACAGAUGAAUACCCUGACAAAUCUGACGACAUACCUUUGUUCAGUAAACCCUCGAAAACCACACCCGAUGAGGUUGUUCUGUUAGAUGAUGAUGAUGACACUGACAAUUUGGACAACGAGCCUUUAUCAGUUAAAGUAACAUGGCGAAGUCAAGAAAUAUUCAAAUUCACAAUACGCAAAUACCAAAAACUGACACAAAUAUUUGAAACAUUCUCCAAAAAGGAAAAUGUUGAACAGGACAAAUUAUUGUUCACAUAUAAUAAUAAAAUAUUAACCCAAAACGAUACACCAGCGUCAAUAGAUUAUAAUAUAGCCAAAUUCAUUGAUGGCGGAGUGGUAAGCCAUAGCGUUAAACCUAUAAACAGAGUCAAGAUAGUAAAUGGAAUUAAGAUAAAAUUCCAAUGUCAGAAUGUGAAGAAGCCAAUAGAAGUCACAAUAGGGAGUAAUGACAAACUGUUGUCAGCAAUGACUGAAUGUGCUGAGCAUCUGAAAGUCCCCGUGAAUAAGCUGAAGUUUGAAUUUGAUGGUGAUAUUGUAGCAGGUACUCAUACACCACAACAGUUGGAUCUAGAAAAUGGGGACUGCAUUGAUGUUAAGAUAAUAAAUUGAAAUAAAUUAUUACCUGGCAUGGCAGCAUGGCAUGUGAUAUUUAUUGUAAACGGACCCGGUCAAGCUUCGUUUUGACAUAUGGGUACUUUUUCCCUAUCCCUACCCUACACUACCCUACUCCUACCCCUACCCUAUCCCUACUCUAAUUUUUAUUCAUCGAGUUUUCAUUGCUUUUAAGAUGUAUUCUGCUAUUCUUGGCGGAGACAAAUACAACGAAUCAAAAUCCAUGAAAAUCGGUCCAGCAGAUCUCGAGUUAUAAGUGUUGUAACAAACCCAACUUUAUUUUAUAUAUAUAGAUAGCAAUGUGUAUGUAAAAUUUUCAUCUGUGAUUUGGAAUGUGUGAUUUUAAUUUUUACACUCAUUAGUAGGUAAUUCACAACGACUGUGAUUUUUUUUUAUUAUUCACAAGUUAGCCCUUGACUACAAUCUCACCUGAUGUUAAGUGAUGAUGCAAUCUAAGAUGGAUGCGGGCUAACUUGUUAGGAGGAAGAUGAAAAUCCACACCCCUUUUGGUUUCUACAUGACAUCGUACCGGAACGCUAAAUCGCUUAGCGGUACGUCUUUGUCGGUAGGGUGGUAACUAGCCACGGCCGAAGCCUCCCACCAGCCAGACCUGGACCAAUUAACUUGAAUAAAAUGAAACUUCAAUCCGGGGAUCAAACCAAGUACCUAGUCUUAGGUCUUGUAAAUCCACCGCGCAUACCAUUGCGCCACAGAGGCCGUCAAAAUGAAUGAAGUCAAAGUCAAAAAUCAUCAAUUUCAAUUAGCUUUAGUUUACAAGGACUUUUGAAUGUAUUGAUAUUGUUUAGAUGUAUUGACAUGGCUGAAUUACAAAGAUACAAUUUUAGUUUAUACAUUUUUUAGUAUCGAUUUUAAGGUUUUUUUUUUGUGUAAUUGUACUUGUUAAAAAUAGGUAUUUUUUAAAUUAAAUUUAAUUUUAUAUCAUAUUAUUUUUACCUCACAUCAACACUUCUGGCACAUACUGAUAUUUAAAGCAAUAAGUAUGCAGUUUCCUAAUAUCUUUGACUUUGAUUUUGACUACGAAAUUUUCACGAAUCCGCGGCAACAAUUUCCGAUCCCGGAGGAUUUUUGAGAUAAAAAUAUCCCAUGUAUUGUUCAACUUAGUUCUUCAGCGAAAAAUUCAUUAAAAUCGGUUUAGCCGAAAUAAGCCCGAACAGAUCUUUAUGAAUAGCUUACUGUACACAUUUUACAGAGUCGCGUGCGUCUGUCAGUAGCUUUAUAUAUAUGUAAAGAUGAGUUAAAAGCGUUGGCCGUAUGGAGAAAAUAAUAUGUAAAUACAUGUCUUAUAUAGAAUUUGUUAAUAUUAAAUAAUUUAUCUCAU